AUGCGGAAGCAAAAGACUUGCUAUAGACUAAAAGCAACCUGGGAACGCGACCCAACCAGGAAGCCCUCCCUGAAACUGGUCGAACCAUGCUUCGACUGGUACUGCGAAACCUGCCGCGUUGCUUUUGAGCCGUACGUAGCUCCUCCGCUAAAACUUGGUCCGCCAGUCCUUCCGACACCGAAGUCGCCUAUGCGGAAUCGCCAGAUUCUGGUGCAACGAGGGGUCAAGCUUUUGUUUCGAGAUGAGAAAAGAAAGAAGAAGUACCGGACGUUGAUCAAUCGGGUGAAGCGAAGGGAAAAGAGGGCUGUGCAGCUGUUCUUUUGGACGAAAGAGGGGAUGAGGGAAUUCAAGAGGGUUGUUGAGGAGAUAGAGGCGAGGAAAAGGAGGAGGAUGAGUUGGUGCUGA